AUGACACUGCGUCUCACUUCUGCUCCAGUCUCAGGUAUUCAAAAGAAAAGAUCUGUGACCUCAAAAUCCCGAGCCUCACCCUUCGCCACUCAUGCGCGCCGACAGCCUACCUCUGCCGCAGUCGGCAGAAAGCCCGCUGCUGCAGAACUAGGUCUAGAUGAGCCCCUCGGUGAUAUAGGUAGGUCGGAUUACAUCACUCACUCUGCACGUGUUGGGAAUGUGGAAGAAGCGAUCCGAUACGUCGGAACGAAGAUUUUCGACGAGCUCCCCGAAAGAGCGGGAAUGAAUAGUACCCGAAUCGCAGAAGUCCUAAAUCUGCGCCGAUCGCUCCCCCCUCUCGCUUCAGUUGCGCAUGUACAUACCUUGAUGGAUGCACCGACACAGGUAGAACGAGAGAUUGUCGAACUCGUUAAAUCAGGUCGUGUUCGGCGCCUAAUCGUCCCAGGGCGUGGUAAUGACGCAGCCGACCUGGGCGAUUGCUUAGUACUUGCUGAAGACUGGGAGAAGCUAGUGCGAGAUAGCUCGGCACUAAAUAUAGAUGUUAAGGAGAAGUUUAUUGACAUCCUUAACCGUAUCGGGAAUUGUACCGCUAUCUCGCAGAGUAUAUUCACAAUCGACGAGUAUAGGGCUCUAAUGCGUGCUGGAUUUCUUGUAUCAUCCUCUGUUAUCACGCAGGGGUCGUUGAAUGUAGCAUCUCUUCCCAGUUUACCCACCGUCGCAUUCUCGUCGGCCAGUAGGAGGGAACCAAACAACCCUUUUAACACCGAUCGACCCGUGCAGACAAAUGCCCAGGCUCGUGCGGCGACUCUAUUUCUGUCUCUCCCGAACACUGGAACAUACCUACGAUUACUUAGCUCAGGCCGUGACCACUUGAUCUCCCUUCUUAGGCGAUCCAGUCACGCCGAGGCGCCCCUCAGUAUGCUCAAGGAUCGUUGGGAAGGCGCAAUAGAGACUGAUAAGAGUUACCAUCAGGCAAAGCUGGCGCGAGGAGAGUUUGCCGGAAUUCUGCCUGGAAAAACAAAGAAGUGGAAGGACCUAUAUGGCAUGCACUUCAAUUGGAUAGUAGAAGAAGCACUUGGUGCUGGGCUUGUAGAAUUAUUUGAAACAGGUAGUGUGGGACCGGGUAUUCGUUGUCUGUAG